AUGGGGGUUUUCAUCUUGCCAAUCAUAACGAAUGUCCUGCUCGAAGCCUACGGACCACACAACGCCCUUCUCGUUUUAGGCGGUCUUUGCCUUAACAUGUUACCAUUUGGUCUGGUCUUCAAAUUGCCAGAGGAAAUUCAAAAGAGACGACCUGCGCCGGCUUGUGAGCAUCUCUUGGAGGUUGCGGAUACUGAAAGAUGCGAUAGAAGGAAAAUACCUGAAAACACUGAAUAUUUCCCCACCUCGAAAAAGAGACACACAGAUCCAAAUACUGAAGCCCAUGGUGUCCAAAACUGGACAACUCUCCCCUUGCCAUGUGACAUCUUUGGUACCUUCACUUUAACCAGCUUCAGCAUAUUCAUUGUACAUUUUGCCAUCUCUGUCGGAAUCCCUGAAACCAAUGCGGUCUUUGUUGGAACUAUGGGAGGUGUCGGAGGCCUGUUUGCCAGGGUGUCAGGCACUGUUAUCUUACACUUUCAUCCAACCUGGGUGUUAGGUCAAUACGUAGCACUCAGCUCUCUGACAUCGCUGAUGCUGUUUCUUCAACCCUUGAGGGCGUCGUACACCUACCUCCUUGUCUGUUCCUUCUUCUUGGGCUUUGGUCUUUAUGGUGGCGUUUGCCUCAUUGAAGCACUGGUGUCCAUCGUCGUCAAGCCAGAAGUCUUUCCCACAACGAUUUCUAUCUCGUAUCUUUUCAAAGGCGUCGGUUCUGUCCUGGCUGCUUAUAGUUCAGGUUUGCUGUACGAUAUAACUCAAUCGAAUGAGAUAGUCUUUUAUAUUCUCGGUGUCUUACAAGCGAUUACUGUCGGCAUCAUCAUCAUACUCCUAGUCACCAGGAAGCGAUUGGCAAAUAGCACCAACAAAGAGAUAUGA